AUGGAGCUGAUCCUGCUGGAGCAGUUCCUGGAGGCGACCCUAGCGCGGACAUCGGCCGGGGUCCGCUACCAUCGCCCCCGAGACUUGGCAGCAGCGGUGGUGUUGGCUGAGGACCACCUGGCGGUGCACCGCGAGACGCGGGAAGGGAAGAGGGCCGCGGAGGCGGCCGAGCGUCCAGUGCCGGCGCCGCAGGCUGAGGCGUGUCCGCCGGGCCCACGGCGCCACAAGAUUAACUCUUCCUUCUCUUCUGCCUCACAGGCCCUGACGUGUCCAGUACCGGCGCCGCGCAGGCUGUGCGCACCACUGGCCGAGGCGGGGCUGCCGGUCCCUCGGCCCCGAACUACUGACUUUUCUUUUAUUUCUUCUGCCUCACAGGUCCAGGCUGCUACGGAUGAUGUGCUUCCCCCGCAGACGGCUCCUCAAACGCCUGGGCAGGCGUGCUGGAGGUGUGGGCAGCGCGAUCACGUGUGUCAGAAAUCUCCGCGUAUGGAGGUUGGGCAGGUGAUCCGGGUUGUCGGCCCUCUGGCGCCCUCCCCCGGGCCGGGAGAGACGUACUGUGUUCCGGAAGUCUGGCAGCAGGCUUUUGUCAUGACCGCUUCCUGUUUGACCACAGAUGGCGAGAAGAGGUGGCGCCGUGAAGCCGAGUGUCACCAACAUGUCGCCAUGUUUCCCCCGUUUGAAGCGUGGCCAGUGGCACCCCACCUGCCGCUCUGAACCUGGACACCCGCCCGCCUCCAGCGGCCUGCAAGUACUCGAGAGGAGAUCUGGUGGCCUUGCUGCACCAGGACAUGAGAUCAAUGUCUGCUGACUCACCUUGUACUUCUGGAUAUGAAACCUCCAGCCUGUCCUUGCCAGCUCAGCCUGCGUGUCAUCUUCC